AUGCAUGUGAGUAGAGGAGGUUGGGUUGGGCCAACAUUUGCUUUAGCAAAGUUUGAUGAUUCUUUUGAAGGGAAGAAAUCAGUAAUUCGGCGUUCAAAAGAGGAAAGGAAAGGAAUGGUUGAGACUUUUAUCAAAAGAUACCAGAAAUCAAACAAUGGAGAUUUCCCAUCACUGAAUCUGACACGUAAGGAAGUUGGUGGCUCCUUUUACACUGUGCGUGAAAUUGUUCGGGAGAUAAUUCAAGAAAACCGGGUGCUCGGCCCACCUAAGUCACCUCCAGGUGAUAAAAACAUGGAGAAACUAGAUAGCUUCUUAGAACACAACCCAUUGGGUUCAAUGUCUGUUGAUCUCCAUGUACAUAUGGUAACUCAAGAAGGAUCUAUUGUGGAUGAUCAAAAAGAUGGAUUAGUAACAAAUCAAUCUGAAAAACAUGAAAUAUUAGAAAAUGUAGUUGUAGGAGCUUCUUCUUCUUCUUCUUCUUCUUCUUCUUCUUCUUCUUCUUCUUUAGGACAUGUAACCAUGGAGGAAAAGGAUACUGAAAACAGGGAAGUGGUAGAUAUACAGUUGGAGGAAGAAAAUCAUAAGAAUCAAAAUCAUUCCUCAACUGAAGAAAACAUAGAUGUUAAACUUGAAGAUAGUCUUCCUGUUGAAGAAAAAAAUGUAAAUGGUGCAUACACUCCGAAUCCCGACACCAUUUCUGUACAACAAUCGACACUUGAAGAUGAUGAUGGAAGAAAUGCAAAUUUGAAGAAAUCAAGUGAUCACAGCAAUUCCCAAAAGAGAAGAACCACAGCAACAUUAAACAGAAUAAAUCUCGAGUCAUGGGAAGCUGCAUCGAAGAAAUCUAGUGGCCAAGAAACUCACCGAUUUGUGACAUUCAUCAAGGCUUUCAUUACUGCAUUUGUCAAGUUUUGGUCGGACGACUAGUAUAUUAUAUAUUUGU